UCUGAAAGAAAUGCAACCGGAAUAGAACCCACAGUGGAGUCUGUGUUGUGCCCUGAUGGGGCGUUUGAUUCCUUGCCACAGGAACCCCCCGAUCCCACCACCAUGCGGAAAGUCGUGUUUUUCACACUAAUACUUUUUUGCAUUGACUCCACAUUUGCAGUGACACACUCCCUAUGGUAUGUCUACACUGGUACGUCAGGGAUACCUGACUUCCCAGAGUUUGUAUCUGUGGGGCUGGUAAAUGGGGAGCCCAUCGAUUACUAUGACAGCAAAAUACGCAGAGUGACUCCCCGCCAGCGAUGGUUAGAGCAGUCUGCGGAGCCUGGUUACUGGGAAAUGCAGUAUCAGUAUAGCAGAUAUGCAGAGGGUGAGAUGAAAAGGAGCAUCGAAGUGGCAAAGAAGCUCUUCAAUCACUCAGAAGGUAUUCAUACAUAUCAGAACAUGUAUGGCUGUGAGUGGAAUGAUGAAACUGGGGUCACAGAUGCUUUUGAUCAGUAUGGCUAUGAUGGGAGUGACUUCAUUACAUUGGACUUCAAGACCAUGAGCUUUGUGACUCCAGUGCAGCAGGCAUUUCCCACUAAACGGAAGUGGGACAGUGACACAGGUCGUCUUGAAGAAGAAAGAAAUUAUUUCACCUGGACCUGCACUGACUGGCUGAAGAAGUAUGUGAGCUACGGGAAGAGCACACUGGAGAGGACAGUCCGCCCUGAGGUGUCUCUGCUGCAGAAGGACCCCUCCUCUCCUGUCACCUGCCACGCAACCGGCUUCUUCCCCAAAGGGAUCGUGGUGACCUGGCAGAAAGAUGGAGUGGACAUGCACAGCGAUGUGGAGGUGGAGGAGACCCUGCCAAAUGGGGACGGAACAUUCCAGAUCACAUCAAAACUCACGGUGAAGCCUGAGAACUGGAAGAGGAACAGCUACAGCUGUGUCGUGCAGCACAAGAGCUCAAAGGAUGACAUUGCUGUGCUGCUGGAGGAGAAGAACAUAAGGACCAAUCAGGGAGGCGUUUCCUGGGGCAUCAUCGUCGGCUGUGUGGCUGCUGCUCUGGCUCUCGUUGCUGUUGUCACUGGGGUCGUGUUGUGGAGGAGGAGCAGGACAGGCUAUGGGAAAGCUGGCACGUCUGACACUGAUUCUGAGAACUCCAGCCAACAGCAACCAAAAGCAUGAGUUCACCCUCCAUGAUGUUACAGUUGAUUUCAUUCUCUAGAGAAGAGAGAAGAUGAGAUGCUUAUAAAAGCCAUAUACACACACAAUAUUAUAUUGUCUAUUCCUUAAUAAGCUUUUAGCAAACUUACAAUCAGCAGCAGUCAUGAACAGAAUAGAUUUAAUGUUAGUUUCCUGUAUUUGCAGUUAAAUAUGCUGUUUUAUUCAUACAGUAAAGGAGAAAAUUACAAGCCCCCUGUCUGAAAUUGAACAAAAAAGUUAACUUUACCAAGGAAAUAACUAUUACCAAAAAGUGUGCACAAGUGUGUUACAAAAGAAUAAAAGAUAUCAUGGGUUAAUCAUUUUGAUCACAUCAGUUUUCAAUGAAUUUGUUAUCCACCAAUAUAGAAUAUUUUAUACAAAGAAGUUGAUGAAUGAAAACAUUAAUGAAUGUUUCAUUCUGAAGUUUCAUGAAUGUUAACAUUGGACAGAAUUUUAGGAAAAUGUUCCAUUUCUUUUGGGGGCUAAGAAUUCUGACAUGACCUGUAGUUGCUCUGCUCUGUCACUGUGCGGCACUGCAGUCUGUUUUUUAUCAUGAUCCGUCUCUUUAAAUGCCGCACAGCCUGCUGAUGAGGACGCCUGUGUGACCCUGUGUGUGAGAUGCACUGAUCACUGACUCUCAGUAACGAGCACCAAGGAAAAGCAACAGCAACCAGAAAGAUGGACAAUGAAACAAUGAAUGUGGCUGAUAAAUGUAUGAAACAGUGUAACAGAUCAUCAUCUAAUUUAUUAUUACAGGAGAUCAACUUCAAAUUGACCAGUUAUAUUUAAUUGUUACAUAGUUACACUCAGCUGAGGAUUAUUGGUGACUUACUGA